AUGGGCCAAAUAUAUUCAUUUCUAGGCUAUGGAAAUACGACUGGGAACAAUGAUCAGGAAGCGUUAUUACUCGGCGAAAAUUUCUCCUGUAAAAUAUGCUUGGAGGUUUUACAUGACCCAGUUCAAUGUCAAAACAACGAGCAUUAUUUUUGUCGGGGAUGUAUCACGAAGCAUCUGGGAAACUCCGAAACAUGCCCACUUUGUAUGGAGCAACUGACGCUCGAAACGCUGCGACCACCGUCUCGAAUUGUUGCCAGUGUUGUAUCCCAGUUGAAGAAACCACGUUGCAGUCAUGUUUCUCGAGGCUGUGAGGAGAAUGUUGAAGUUAAAGAGUUGUUGUUACAUGAACAGACGUGUGGUUAUGCUCCGGUUGUUUGCUCGAACGAAGGCUGCAAAGAGACGGUGAACAGACGCGAUAAAGAAAGCCACGAGACGGAAGAAUGCAAGUUUCGAAAGAUAACUUGCGAAUUUUGUGAUGAAGAGUUGGUGUACGUUGAUUAUUAUAAGAAACAUCAAUGCAGUUUGACAUUGAGAAAAGAGAUGAAGGAAGUUAAGUCACGUUUGGAUGAAGUAACCGAGUCUUUGAAACAAGUUGUUCUCAUUCAAGAUGAAAUGCUGGAAAAGCAGAAAACCCACGACCAAAGCAUUAAAGACCUACAGAAUCCUCUACGUCACUUCAGCUCUGCGACCAUUCAGCGAGAUAGCGCAGUUAAUAUCAAAGGACAAAUCUUUAUUUUCAGUUCCAAAUCUCUUGAAGUUUUCAACUGGUCUACUAAAGCGUGGACUUUGAUUGAAAACUGUUUGUUUUUCUCGCAUCGCAAAUCGUUUUCGUUUCUUUACGGGAAGAGAAUAAUGGUUUGCGGUGGUAGUUCUAAUCGAAUCGAGUUCUUGGUUCCAAGUGAGAAUGGUUUUACCUCGAAUGUUUUUCCAGGUAGUUUACCAUCUGGUGAUCUUAAUGGCGUUCUGUUUGAAAAUCGAAUUAUUACGUUUGGUUGGCACGUACAAGAAACAUCGCUCGAGCGCCCGUGGAAAUCAACUGUACUUAUUCAAGGGUCCGAACAAUAUGGGCGGUACAGCGAAUACGACAAUCGUGGUAUUUGUGCUCUUGAAUGUUUCGGCAACGAAAUCUUUGUCAUCGGGUUUUCAGGAAAUAAAAUAGAGCGAUAUGAUAUAGCCAAUAAUAAGCUGAAAACCCUCACCACUUUGCCCUAUACAGUGUAUAACAUGGCGACUGUCGCUUACAAAGAUAAUAUAAUUAUCCUCGGUGGUCAGAAUCGUGUUCCCGUCGAGUGGAGUCCAUUAAAUGAUGUAUUGAUGUACAACAUCCACAGUCUGGAGUGUAAACGUUUACCAUCCAUGCUUGAGAAGAGAAGCAACUGUGCUGCUGUGAUCAUGGGUGAUGUGAUCGUGGUUAUGGGAGGUGAGAUUAAGACUGAACGUAGAGAUGGUUAUCGUAGAUAUGUCACCACCACACAACUUAAAACAGUAGAGUACUACGUGAUUGGUGAUACUACUUGGCAAAAACUGCCAGCCAUGAAUGACACAAGAGCACGUGCUACAGCAUGUGUUUAUGUAUAA